AUGCAUUAUGGUGAUAUUAUUGCAUCAGACGUAGAUAUUGCAAAUCUAUUUGCACUUCUUUUCAAUUCCGUUUAUAAAUCACCGUUACCCCCCCCCCCCCCACAUUGGAAUGCUGAAAAUAUUGGCAUUAAACCAUUUACAUUUCUGCCUUCUAGACUUACUAUUGAACUUGUUGAGGUAGAAGAAAAUUUACUAUCCCUGAGAACAACUAAGAGUCGUGGGCCUGAUGGUAUAUCAGCUCAAUUUUUAUUUAGUAUUAGGGCACAGUUAAAAUAUCCUCUAUUGUGUUUAUUUAACCUCUCAUUAGCCGAAGGUAUAUUUUCAUCAAUAUGGAAAACGAGCCAGGUAACACCUAUUUACAAAUCAGGAGACCCAGGGUCAGUAUCUAAUUAUCGUCCAAUUUCUGGUUUACCUCUAAUUGGUAAAUUAUUCGAAAAGAUUGUUAAUAAAUGUAUUGAACGUAGAUUUAAACUAGUUUUAUCAACAAAUCAACAUGGGUUUUAUGGCGGUCGUUCCACAACAACUAGUGCCUUAGAAUUCUCUGCGUUUAUCAGGGAUAGCUUCAAAAAUAUGAGUCAAGUUGAUGUGAUAUUCACUGAUAUUUCUAAAGCUUUCGACUCCAUAAACCAUAUUGUGUUAAUUGAUAUUCUGGAUAGAUUGGGUAUAGGUGAACCUCUGCUAUCCUGGUUCAAAUCCUAUAUAACCGGUCGACGACAAUUUGUAUCCUUAUUUAAUCAAAAAUCCGCGGAAUAUUUAGUCACUUCCGGAGUCCCACAAGGUGGGCACUUGUCUCCACUUUUAUUUAAUAUUCUAAUAAAUACUUUAUGCGAAUCUGUUGACAGCAAAAUGCUAUUAUUUGCGGAUGAUGUAAAAUUAUAUAAUUGGGUUCAAUCUGAGAGUGAUGCUAUUUUGUUACAAGAAUCGUUGAAUAAGUUAGUCCAUUGGUGUAAUACAGUUGGGUUAGAGCUGGCUAUCCAUAAAUGUAAAGUUAUGUCUUUUUCGAGACGUCACUCAAUUAUUCAAUAUGAUUACUCUAUUGAUAACGUGAUGUUACAGCGAAUAAACCAAGUUGAAGAUUUAGGUUUUAUUUUUACUCCAAUGUUAUCGUUUGCACCUCAUAUUGACUGGAUAGUAGGCAAAGCAUUGCGAUCAUUAGGGUUUAUUAGGCGACGUGCAGGGUCGGUCAUGUCUGUAAAAUGUUUGUUAAUAUUAUAUGCUACUCUAGUUAGAUCAAUUGUAGAGUAUGGAUCUGUGGUAUGGUCUCCGAGGACCAAAUGUGAUAUUAUUCGAAUUGAACGUGUUCAGCAUCGUUUAUUAAGCAUGGUUUCUCGAUCUAUGGGCAUUAAUCAUGAACCCCAUGACUAUAAACCCGUCUUAAUAGCACUCAAUUUAUCCACCCUAAGCGAAAGAAGAAAUAUGAGUGAUAUUAAACUUUUAAAUAGUUUAGUCUCUGGUGUAAUUGACUCACCAGACUUGUUAUCUAGAAUAGGUUUUCGCAUUCCAGGUACAACCCGUUCUCGUGACCCCUACUACCUUGCUUCAGUGUCAAAAAAUUAUUUGGAUGAUGAUCCUUUAAGGAGAGCUAUGUCUUUAGUUAAUAGUCAAACUAGUUAA